AUGCUGAACUUGCGGAGCCACGGCUCAGCGAGGGUCGGAGCAGGAGUGGAGGCUCGAGACAGCAGAGGCACCCCCAGCCAUCAGCUGAAACGAUCUCUUGACACCAACUCGUCGACUCCUCUUGAGCUCGCGGCGACUCCCCAGCUGAAAAAGAAGAGAGGAAGGAUUCCAUCAAAGCUCGUGCCUCUGAAGGGUCUGCGAGGAACAAGUGAGAGCUCAAGUCCAGCUAGAGAAGAGCAGUCAGCGAACUACUCGCUGGAGGAGCUGUCAGAGUUGUUGAGGAGAGACGAGUUCAAAUCGGAGCACAAGGGAGACUUGGAUCAGGAGGAAGAGAGAUCUGAAUCGCCCGUCGCUGAGGAGAUAGAGAGCACGGAAUGGGAGAAGCAGCAGAUGAGAACUGUUCAGCAAUGUUUCGUCCAAGAGGAGAAUCGUCGGGGAUCUUUCCCCAUGCUCCUCCCCGAGAACGUUUGGCUAUACGAGGUGCGUGCUCUCGCGGGGUUCCAGCUCUCAGUUAUGGCCUCAAAGAGAGGGCAAGGCAUCCCUCCUUCAGACCCUGACCCCGACUACCCCCGCAACAACAACUACACGGUGUUGCAUCACUCCUUCUUCCAUACUGUGAUCGAGAUCUGGGAGGACAACGUCGGGUGGAUCAGGUUCACCCAGCGUGUCGGAGCGCCAGUCAUGUACUGCUUCAGCUCUUCCAAGGUCGUACAGGGAUUCUAUCCUCACAACGAGACGAGGGCGCCCAAGGUCCCUCCCUCCGGUCCUGGCGGUGAGACUGACACCGUUAGAGCAGGUGCUCGAGAGGCUGUUGAAGCACAAGGGCACGAACAUGCAGAAGACGCUCCAGGACCUCCUCCUCCCUGCAGCAAGUCUCGAGCCCUUGAGAUCCCUGCCGCCAUGACCCCUGGCACAGACCGGAGCAUCGAGCUUGGCCGUUGGGUGGUGUAUGAGAAGAUGUUUGGCGAGCAGAAGUGCGUCGUCUUCAAGAACAAAUCUGUCCUCUUUCUCCUUGGAAACGGCUUCAUCUUCCUCGGCUGGGGGCCCCGUGCCUUGUCCAUCUCUCAUGGCGACGAGAUUCGCUUCCUCCACUCUCGUGCCGUCCGCACAGCAGCGCAGGAGUUUUCAGAGGACGACUUUGAGAAAGCCUCCUAUGGUGGUCCACGUAAGGUAGAGGACAGUCAAGGUAAGGCGCUAGCGGCCGUCAAGCCCAGCGAAAAGACUGCAAAGGAGCAGAUGAAGGGAGUUUAA